AUGGUUGAGUAUAAUGACUGUAGUUGGUAUUUUUUUCUAUUGCAGGUGCGAGUUAAGGCAGCACUUAACAGGCAGUCCAAGACUCGUCUGAUAGGACCAAACUGCCCUGGUAUUAUCAAGCCUGGGGAAUGUAAAAUUGGAAUCAUGCCAGGAUAUAUUCACAAGCCCGGUCGCAUAGGAAUUGUCUCUCGUUCUGGUACCUUGACGUAUGAAGCAGUUUUCCAAACAACUGCUGUUGGCCUUGGACAAUCCACUUGUGUGGGUAUAGGAGGAGACCCCUUUAAUGGAACAAACUUCGUUGACUGCCUUAGGAAGUUUCUAGCUGAUCCUCAAACAGAAGGUAUAAUUCUUAUAGGAGAGAUAGGAGGAACUGCGGAAGAGGAUGCUGCUGCACUAAUUAAGGAAAGCGGCACUGAGAAGCCUGUUGUUGCAUUUAUUGCUGGUUUGACUGCCCCUCCUGGCCGUCGAAUGGGUCAUGCUGGAGCUAUUGUGUCGGGCGGCAAGGGCACUGCACAAGACAAAAUUAAAACCCUCAGGGAAGCUGGGGUGACAGUCGUGGAAUCCCCCGCCAAAAUUGGAGCUGCCAUGCUAGACGUUUUCAAGCAGAGGGGCUUGGUGCAAUAGUUUGGGUUGAUUUAAUUUCAUCAAAUCAUUUUGGGGCACAUUAUUUAUAACAUGUUCAAAAUUUCUUGAUUCCCAUUGGUAAUGAUGGGCUAUUUUUCCCUUUUUUAGUUUUGGAAGUUACGAAGAGGUGCACCAAAAUAAAAUUCAAGAUGCUUUAUAUUUGCGGAAGUUUGAAACGUCCUCUUUGAA